GAAAUUCAUACUAAAUUCAUUUCAGCUGUGAUCAGUCUUUUAACACUUGUACAUGUAUCUGUAUGCAAUUUUCACACUACCAGCCCAGCUCCUGAAAUGGACAAUAUACUAAGAUAGAUGAUAACACCAUAUCAGGGUUUCAAAAGCCAGCUGAUGAUAUUACUAUGCUAAAAGCUAAUAAACAGCAUAUGGCAUUGAGCGAUUGCUAGGAUCCCAGUCUGGGAUCUCACACUAGGCGUUAGCCAGCUAUUAAUCUACAGCUUUCAUUCAGACUUCAAUAAUUUAAGCAGAUGGAUUGUCUUUGUUUCUCCAUGCAUAGUGUUGGGAUCGUAUGAUUGCAGAGACACCGUCUGUGGGUAUAUCACAGUGACACGUACUCUGCAUUGCGUCUACAAUGAUGGAUAUCAGAGUUUAUGGUGCAUUACCUCUGCUUUUGUGUUGUUUUUAAUUUUCAUAUAUAUUUUAAAUAAUGCAAUUUAAACAAAAAGUUUGGGUGAAAUAAUUAGUCAUGUUUUUAAAAUAAGUAUUCAGGCUAUGUUUGCAAUAUUGGAACAUGAAGAUCCUUUGUCUUUUCACAUCAAUCAUGUAGAGCUACAUUACCAUUUUUUGUUUAGUAUUUCAAAUUUUUUAUAUUGAUAUAAUUGAGUUUACAUUUGUUGUUAAUUCAUAUGUAACUUGCAUUAUCUUGAUGCUUCCUACGGUACCUAUAGAAUACAUGGCUACAUUACCACAUACUAUAUGUUUUUGAUGAAAAAAAAAAUACUUUAAUAAAAAUACUGAUUUGGCCUCCAAGGAAAAGCAUUGAUGUGUUUUUAUAACGUAAACGGUAAAAGGAAAAAAAAAGGUUUUCCAAGAACAACUGCUUCCAGAUGAGAUGAGGUAGAUUAUGAAUUACAUACCAUUCGUGUUGCCGGGUUUGUGAUACAGUGUUCUGAGAUUAAUAUAAGACUAGCAAAGCCACUCUAAUGUCAUCAGUAAGGCAUUGCAUUAAAGGAAAAAUUAAAAAAAAUAAAAAUAAAAAAAAAGUGUUUGCCAUAGAUCACAGGUUUUGUAUUAGUAAAUAGCUGAAAGUCUGUGUAUUCAUCUCUAGGGACCUGUGGGUGUGUGCAGUAGGUUUUUCUGGCAGGUUUUUCUGGCAGGUUAUUCAUUCAUUUGCGUGACUGUACUAAAGGUAAGGUUACUGGUGAAUUUGCACUGUGACUGUCAGGCCCCUAACCUGUGCAACACUGCAUUUUGUUUUUCUGUCAUCACAUCAGAGCUGCAGUAUGACUCGUCGUGUGGCAGUGGUUGGAGGAGGCAGUUCAGGUCUGGUCUGCAUCAAGUCCUGUCUGGACGAGGGGCUGGAGCCCGUCUGCUUUGAAAGCAGUGACGACAUUGGAGGUCUGUGGAGGUUUAAGGAGAAUCCUGAGUCAGACAGGGCCAGCAUCUACCACUCUGUCAUCAUCAAUACGUCCAAGGAGAUGAUGUGUUUCAGUGACUUUCCAAUCCCUGGUCACUUCCCAAACUUCAUGCACAACUCCCUCAUCAUGGACUACUUUCGGAUGUAUGCCGAUCACUUCCAGCUCCUCAAGCACAUACGCUUCAACACCAAAGUCUUGCAGCUGAAGCAGAGAUCAGAUUUUUCUCGCUCAGGCCAGUGGGAUGUUGAAACAGAGGACAAGGACGGUAAAAGGGAGAAACACAUUUUUGAUGCGGUGAUGAUCUGUAUUGGACAUCACUGCCACCCCCACCUGCCUCUCCAUGACUUCCCAGGCAUUGACACUUUCACGGGGAGGUAUUUCCACAGUCGAGACUACAAGACUCCUGAGGAGUGGAGGGAUAAAAAGGCCGUAGUGAUUGGAAUAGGAAACUCUGGAGGAGACAUAGCAGUGGAGCUGAGCAGAGUCACCAAACAGGUAUAUCUAAGCACGCGGAGAGGAGCCUGGAUCCUAAACCGGGUUUCAGACAAUGGUCUUCCUCGUGAUAUGCUCACCACCAGGGCAGUGACUGUUGCGCGCAAAAUCCUUCCCUUUGGAUUAUCAUGCAGUGUGGUGGAGAGGCGACUCAACCAAAGAUUUAAUCACAGUCUGUACAACUUGAAGCCAAAACACAGGUUGUUCAGUCAGCAUCCCACAGUGAAUGAUGAGCUUCCCAACCGCAUCCUCUCUGGAACGGUUCAGGUGAAACCCAACAUCUGCAGAAUUCAAGGGUCCAGAGUGGAGUUUGAUGACGGGAGUGUAGAGGAAGAUAUUGACCUGGUGGUGUUUGCCACAGGUUACAGGUUUUCCUUUCCAUUCCUGGCCUCACAUGUGGUCUCAGUGUCUGAGAACAAAGCAUCUCUGUACAAGUAUGUGUUUCCUCCUGAGUUGGAGCGUCCUACACUGGCUAUCAUUGGUCUAGUGCAGCCACUGGGAGCCAUCAUGCCCAUCUCUGAGAUGCAGGCCAGAUGGGCCACACGUGUCUUUAAAGGUUGCAUCAAACUUCCCUCAGCGGCUGCCAUGAUGAAAGACAUCUGCUACAAGAGGGAAACCAUGGCUAAAAGGUAUGUCACCAGUCAGAGACACACCAUCCAAGUCGAUUACAUCAGCUACAUGGAUGAGAUAGCAGAGCUGGUGGGGGUUCGACCCAGCAUCAUGAGGUUGCUGCUGACCGAUCCCAGACUGGGACUAAACAUGAUGCUCGGCCCCGGUACCCCGUACCAGUAUCGUCUGAGAGGGCCGGGAAAGUGGGCUGGGGCCCGACAGGCCAUCCUCACUCAGUGGGAGAGAGUGGCUCAGCCCAUGCAGACCAGGCCCUGUGAUGAGCCCAAACCCAAGAGAUCAUUUAAGUGGCCUCUGAUUCUGUUGGCUGCUGCCGUGGUAUUGGCCGCGUAUGUUCACAGAAUCAACCUUCCAGCUUUCCUACAGGAUCCCACUGCACUGUUAGACAAGAUAAAAGUCAACCUGCCUGCACAGUGAUGCCCAUUUAAUAUUUAAUUCAUUUCUGAUGUGAUAAUGACCGUAGAGAUUCGCUGCUUAUAAUAAUUAACAUAGUGAUCAUAGACAGUGCACAUAUAAGGAAAGCAUUAUUUAGAUAAUUUACUAAUGUAACAGUAAAAUUCAAAUUUAAAUUUAAUUGAUUAAAAUACCUAAAAACUGUACUCAGGAACUGUAUAUCUAUGUAAUAUUUUUACACCUCGGUCAGUUCCUAUUAAGUUACUCCAUAUCUGAACUGGCACUUCAAAUGAAGAUAAUGUACAUUGGUCAAUGAUGCCACCUAAUGGCAGCUUCAGAGCUUACCUGAUGUUUGGCUUGAAAAACACGUCAUGAAACCUUGUGCUGUAUAGUCCUCUGUGUCUCACUGCAUCAUACAUGAAUCAUGUGAGGCCUCCCUCUAGGAUGUCUUUGUAUCUUGUGAAAAGACAACACUUUCGACUGUUUGACUCUUUGUAAGGAUGACACUGUACAGUGUGGUAAUGGUUGCCCAUAAAUUUGAAGAAUCAAGACAUAAAAUUACUUUUGUGAAUUUUAUUUUCUUUUUUCGCUCAAAUACAGAAUGAGAGACACUGACACAAGAUGCUAGUUCUGUCAGUUUUUCUCACCAUUAUCAAUAAGUUAACAGUUUGAUUUGUUUAUUAUU